GAGCGGCGCGCGUGCGUGCGCGCGCGCGCGGAGGGGGGGCGAAAAUGCGCGUCGUCGUCGUCGCGUGGAUAGUUUGGUGUUGUUUGUUUCAUCGCUUCGGCGCCGCCGGUCAAGGACAGGCGACCCCGGCCGUGUGCUCGCCCGCGUGCAGCUGCGACGAGGACGGCGGCGCCGACUGCUCCGGCAAGGGGCUGACGACCGUCCCCGCCGGCCUCAGCGCCUUCACCUGCAAACUGGACCUCAGCAUGAACAACAUCACCGAACUACCGGCAUACGUGUUCAAGAACUUCCCCUAUCUGGAUGAACUACGACUUGCGGGAAAUGACCUGUCAUUCAUCCACCCUGAGGCUCUGUCUGGACUGCAUCAGCUGAAAGUCCUGAUGCUCCAGAAUAAUCAGUUAAAGACGGUACCAAGUGCUGCGCUGAAGAACCUUCAUUCUCUGCAAUCCCUUCGCCUGGACGCCAACCACAUCACCGCGGUGCCGGAGGAGAGCUUUAAGGGGCUGCAGCAGCUUCGGCACCUCUGGCUGGAUGACAACAACCUGACCGAGGUUCCCGUUGGCCCUCUGAGGCACCAGGCUAACCUGCAGGCUCUGACGCUGGCGCUCAACCGCAUCUCCCACAUACCCGACAACGCCUUCACCAACCUCACCAGCCUGGUGGUCCUGCACCUUCAUAACAACAGGAUUAGGGAGAUAGGGGAGGACUGUUUCACUGGGCUUGUGAACCUAGAGACACUAGACCUCAACUUCAACAACCUCAUGGUUUUCCCCAAAGCGAUAGAGGCCCUCCCAAAACUCAAGGAGCUAGGCUUCCACAGCAACGAUAUUGCUUCCAUACCCGAAGGAGCGUUCCACAACAACCCUCUGCUGCGCACCAUCCACCUGUAUGACAACCCUCUAUCCUUUGUGGGCGCCUCGGCCUUCCAGAAUCUCUCUGACCUACACUCGCUGAUGCUGCGUGGGGCCAGCAUGAUGCAGGACUUUCCAGUCCUCACGUGGACCAACAACCUUGAAAGCCUGACCCUGACAGGCACCAAGAUAUCGUCUGUCCCCACUGAUCUGUGUGAGGAUCUCAAGUUGCUGCGGACGCUUGAUCUGUCCUACAACGAGAUUAUGGAGCUGCCGUCCUUCCAGGGCUGUGUCAAGCUGCAGGAAAUAAGCCUGCAACACAACCGCAUUCAACAAAUUGACCGAGAUACUUUCCAGGGUCUGUCUGCUCUGCGUUUGCUAGACCUGAGCAGGAAUGACAUCACAACCAUCCACAGAGAUGCUUUCCUUUCCCUCACCACACUUACAAACCUGGAUUUGAGUAUGAACUCCCUGACUGUGAUUCCAACAACGGGACUCACCGGCCUCAAUCAGCUGAAACUCUCAGGAAAUACGCAGAUGAAAAAUAUUCUGCCUGCAAAAAACCUACCCAAGCUCAGAUCAAUCUCUGUCCCAUAUGCAUAUCAGUGCUGUGCAUUUGUUGGAUGUGAUACCAUGAUCAGUUCUUCUGAGGAAAACAACAUCAAGACAUCCACAGAUGGGGGGGACUUGGAGAGAAUUUCCAUGGUGAUGCACUGCUCUCCCUCACCAGGAGCCUUCAAGCCCUGCCAUCACCUCCUGGGCAACUGGAUGAUUCGUUUGACCGUGUGGUUCAUCUGCCUGGUGUCCCUUGUCUUCAACAGCCUGGUACUGGUGGCCACCUUCUCCCCUGCGUGCCGGACCCGGGAUCACAGCCACUCCCAGACUCCAUCCCUCUCUCCCGCCAGGCUACUGAUGGGGCUACUGGCCCUGGCCAACCUGUUCACAGGACUGUAUGUCGGCGUGCUGACUGUCCUCGACUUCGCCACCUGGGGCUCCUUCGCCGAGUUCGGGGUGUGGUGGGAGAUGGGUGUGGGCUGCCAGAUCACGGGGGCUCUGGCAGUAUUCUCCUCGGAGUGGGCGGUGUUGUUGCUCUCAUUGGCGGCUGUGGAGCGGAGCGUGGCAGUGCGGGCACUUCUGAGGAAGGUGAUGGUGUCGCCGCGGAGGAGCGGCGUCGCCCACCAGGGUUGCUGGAGAGGAGACCGCCGCUUCCGGCUAGCCGCAGGAAUACUCGGACUUUUAGCCACUGCUGCAGCCUGCCUGCCUCUCAUGAGUUCCAGCGAGUCGUCCGCCUCUCCUCUCUGCCUGCCCUUUGCCGGUGGUGAGGGUCCGGCUCUAAGUAUCACGGUAGUUCUGGUCCUCCUCAAUGCACUGGCUUACUUAUUCACCGCAGCCAUCUACACCCAGCUGUACUGCCACCUGGGCAGGGUGGAGCUGGCAGACCCAGAGCAGACCGGCGCCCUUCGCCAUGUGGCUUGGCUCAUCUUUACCAACUGCAUAUUCUUCUGCCCCGUGGCAGCUUUCUCCUUCGCCCCGCUGCUGACCGGAUCAGGCUCCACCGUUGGCGGCCCGGAGAUCGCCAAGUCGGUCACCCUUAUUUUCUUCCCGCUGCCUGCGUGCCUGAACCCUGUGCUUUAUGUGUUUUUCAGCCCUGCCUUCAGGGAGGACUGGUUGAGACUACGGGGCCGUGAACGUGUGACCAGGGGAGUGAAGGCCGGCGCAGGAGGCCAGGGAGAUCACGGCGGCGGAGGAGGGUCCGGGGUCAUGGACGGAGGCUUCUCCUCACAGCUAGGCUUUGACUGUGGGAUGUAUUCCCAGCUUUGCGGGGAGACGGUCGUCUGUGAGCACUGCGAGGCAGCGCUGCAUGCCAGGACCUGUUCCUCCCCGUCCUCCUCCGCAGUCUGCAGACACUUGGUGAAGUCUCACAGCUGUCCCACACUGAUGGCUGGGGCUGCGGUGUGCCAGCGUGCAGAGGGGUACUGGGCGAACAGCAGCACACCUUCAGCUCAGUCAGAGUACGCGGAUGAGGGCGACUCGUUUGUGUCGGACAGCUCGGACCAGGUGCAGGCCUGCAGCAGAGCCUGCUUCUGUCAGAGCAGAGGUCUUCCUCUUGUACACUACUCAUACAACAUACCUCGUGUUAAAGACUAAAGAGCCCUCCAGAACUCUGACUGUGCGCCCACCGUUCUCUCUGUUAUGUGAAUAUGGAUGCUAUGAGACUAUUUUAAACGCGUUGCCAUAGCAAACAGGACGACGCGGAGCCUGUCCCGCUAACGGGCGUUCCAGGAGGCACUCGUUGUUGCUAUUGCUGUGCAAAAGGGGACUCCAGCGGUCGUUUAAAGGGAACUCGGCCCGGCAGUUUAAACCACCGGAGACUGUUGGUAAGCACAGACACCUCCCCUCCCCCAACGUCAGUCUAACCGAGCUGCAAUGUGUGUGUGAUCCGGACAGCCGACGUCAAGACGGCGGAGGAUCCUGCCACCAGUGCCUGCUUCCCGGUCGAGCUGGGACCGAGUACGAUCGAAGGCGCCUCGGAAGAUCUGUCGCUUCUUUCGCGAAGCCGAGGAUUUUCUGCCAUGGAUUUUUACCUGUACUUAUAAGCUUUUUUUCAAUCGUCGAAAUGAUGUCCUGAAAAUUGACGGUUUUAAGAGACUCUGUUAUAGCUGUUGAUUUUUGUACUUAAAUGUAGCAGCCGUAAUAAUCCUGUUUGUAGAAUCUUCUGUGUGAAUGUAACCUACCUUUCAGGUGAAUGAUUGACGUGAGAGUGGUCUUCGAUUCAAGGAGGAGGAGGAGUAAUGGUCCCAACACCGCGGAUGUAACGGAUAACUUUCACAGCACAUCGAGGCCCUAAUGUGACCCAUCAUCCGCCACGUGCCGCAUAUGUACACUCGAGGUUUCCCCGUGCUCCACACUACCUGGUCGUUUCAGCCAAGUCAUCCGUACCGUCUCCAAACUACCCGAACUCGAAGGUGGGGCAAGAAGCUGCUGAGAGGGGUGGGACUAGAAACGGGAAGCCUUCGUAAUCGCAAUGCAAAGAGUCAAGCUAAUGCAGGUAGUUCUCUCCCGCAGCUUUUCAUGGCGAAGGAAGAGCAGGCGGCGCCGUGGCAGAAGGGGUCGUGUGAAGGGGCGUCCGGGUGGCGUGGCGGCCUGGUCCGUUGCCUACCAACACGGGGAUCGCCGGUUCGAAUCCCCGCGUUACCUCCGGCUUGGUCGGACGUCCCUAGACACAAUUGGCCGUGUCUGCGGGUGGGAGGCUGGAUGUGGGUGUGUGUGUGUCCUGGUCGCUGCACU